AUGGCGGGAGAUACAGAGCCAGAAUCUCAAGAGGCACAAAGAGACGAUUUCUCAUUUGUUAAUAAUGCACGAGAAAGGGAAACUUUUGAUGAUAAUCCUGUUCUAGAUGAGUCAUGUACGCAUGCUGAGUGCAAUGUUUAUGAGAAUCCCUAUUCAUUUCCGCGGGCAAAUGAUUCUGAUACUUGCCAACGCAGUGGAGUUGUUAUUGAUGAAAGCACUCCAGGAUACACAGAGUGCGGCAGCGUUCAAGAACCUGAAGGUCCACCCCCACCGUCAGAGUGGUAUGCUAAUUCUGGUGUACAAGCUCUCAUCAAGCUAGGAGAAGGUGACCCAAUCACAGAAGGUCACUGUGGCCUAGCUGAUCCCAGUGAGAGUAUCAUAGAUGAAAUCAUUGCCUCAGAUGCCUUGAGGGAUGAAGAAAACUGGCAAGCUCAGUAUGGUCAAGUAGUUCAUUCCAGGGAAGAGCCAGUCCCAGAUUUUCAUGUUGUGGAUUUAUGGGACUGGGAAAUGGUCAAGGGUUCCCGAAAAGUUGGAAAAGGUCAGGAGGCUAGGCUGGUUGGGAGGUUGGUGAAGCGAUCUGCGAAGCUUCAUCCUUCUAUGCCUUCUAGCUGUGGUCUCUUUAGAUCUGCUCCAAUAUGUGAAGUACAUCUUGACCUGGUACGAGCUAGAACAGGGCAAGUUUAUAAGUUGCAUAGUCCUAGCACAAGAUAUUUGGCUUCCUUGCCAACUUAUGAUUCUUCCAACCCAACAAAGGACUGGGGGUUCCCUGAAUUAUCAAUUACUAUGAAAGAUAUUACCCCAAUAAAAUCCAGUGGAAAAGGUGAAUUGAGAUCAGUUGAUGGAGAUACUGAUAGCAAGUGUAUGACUGGGUUACCCAAUCAACUGUCUGCAUCCAAAAUGCAAGCAAGCCACUCGUACAGGGAUAGAGCUGCCGAGAGAAGAAACUUGCAUGGUGGUUUUGGUGUGGGCCCUGGACAAAAGAGUUCUUUAGUUGAUGAUGUUGGUGGCUCAUCAUCUCCAGUUUCAACUUCUACAGAGGAAGCUGCAGCUGAAGCCUUGAGCAUGUCAUUUGGAGCUGGUAGUUAUGCCAGGAAAAUCCUUGAAAACAUGGGCUGGAAGGAGGGGGAGGCUCUAGGCAACACUACAAAGGGCUUGGUUGAGCCAGUAAAAGCAGUUGGAAACAUGGGUAACGCUGGAUUGGGGUGGCCUCAGGGCAGAAUGAACCUCAACUGA